CCGGGCGGCAGGUGAGUCCACUUCCUGCGCGGCGGUGGGUGUGCCCCGGCGCCAGGUGCCUUGAUCCGCGGCACGGCCGGAGGGGGAAGUAGCGCAGGAGCCCAGGGCGGGGAUCCGGUGCCCGCGGGCUGCCAGACCUGCGCUGGGCGCCGGCCCCAGCCCACGAGUCUGCGCCCCGCCGAGCCCUUGUCCUCGGGGAUCCCCGCCGGACCCCAGCGCCGCCUCGAUGGAGCUCCGCCCGCCGCCCUCGACCUCGCUGUCGCUGCUGCUACUGCUGCUGCCGCUGCUGCUGCCGGCGGGGCCCGCGGCCGGCGGCUCCUGGCAGUGCCCGCGCAUCCCCUACGCCGCCUCCCGCGACUUCGACGUGCAGUACUCGGUGCCCCGCUUCUCGGCCGGCGGCCCGGUGCAGGCGCUGGCCACCUACGAGGGCGGCGAGGACGGAAGUGCCGUGUUCGUGGCCACGCGCAACCGCCUGCACAUGCUCGGACCCGACCUGCAGCCCCUUGAGAGCCUGGCCACGGGCCCCGCCGGCGACCCCGGCUGCCAGACGUGUACGGCCUGCGGCCCGGGCCCCCACGGCCCACCGGGAGACACCGACGCCAAGGUGCUGGUGCUGGACCCGGUGCUGCCCGCGCUCAUCAGCUGCGGCUCCAGCCUGCACGGCCGCUGCUUCCAGCUGGAGCUGGAGCCGGGCGAGACGGCCCCGCACCUGGCGCCGCCUGCCUGCCUCUUCGCCGCCGAGCGCAACCGGCCCGCGGACUGCCCCGACUGCGUGGCCAGCCCCCUGGGCACCGUGGCGACCGUGGUGGAGCAGGGCCGCGCCUCCUACUUGUACGCGGCGUCUUCGCUGGACGCGGAGGUGGCCGCGCGCUUCAGCCCCCGCUCCGUGUCCAUCCGCCGAUUCAGGGCCGACGCCUCGGGAUUCGCACCCAACUUCGAGGCCCUGUCGGUGCUGCCCGCCUACCUGGCUUCCUACCGCAUCGAGUACGUGCACAGCUUCCACGCGGGGGACUUCGUCUACUUCCUGACCGUGCAGCGGGCCAGCGUGUCCGCCGCGCCCGGCGUCCUCCACACGCGCCUGGCCCGGCUCAGCGCCGUCCAGACCGACGUGGGCAACUACCGCGAGCUGGUCCUGGACUGCCGCUUCGAGCCCAAACGCCGGCGCCGCGGGGCGGCCGAGGGCGGGCAGCCCUACCCGGUGCUGCGGGCAGCGCACACGGCCCCCGUGGGCGGCCGCCUGGCCGGCGAGCUGAGCGUCUCCGAGGGCCAGGCGGUGCUGUUCGGCGCCUUCGGGGCCGGCAGAGGCGGCGGAGGCCGCGCGGGCCCCAGCUCCGUGGUCUGCGCCUUCCCCAUCCAGCUGGUGGACGCGCUCAUCGAGGAGGGCGUGGAGCGCUGCUGCGAGGCGCGCUCCCCCCAGGGCCUCCGGCGAGGCCUCGACUUCUUCCAGGCGCCCAUUCUGUGCCCCAACCCGCCGGACCCCACGGCGCCCAGCUCCAACGGCAGCUGCUACCACUUCCCUCUGCUGGUCAGCAGCAGCAUCCCCCGGGUGGACCUGUUCAACGGGCUGUUAGGACCGACGCAGAUCACCGCGCUGCACGUGACGAGCCUGGACAACGUCACCGUGGCCCACAUGGGCACGAGCGAUGGGCGCGUCCUACAGGUGGAGCUGGCCCGGUCUCUCGGCUACUUGCUGUAUGUCUCCAACUUCUCGCUGAGCAGCAGCAGGCAGCCCGUGCAGCGGGAUGUCAGUCGCCUUGGGAACCACCUGCUCUUUGCCUCUGGGGACAAGGUCUUCCAGGUGCCCAUCAGAGGCCCCGGCUGCCGCCACUUCCUCACCUGCGGGCGCUGUCUGCGGGCACAGCGUUUCAUGGGCUGUGGCUGGUGUGGGAGCAUGUGUGGCCAGCAGAAGGAGUGUCCUGGCUCCUGGCAACAGGACCACUGCCCACCUGAUCUUAUUGAGUUCUAUCCUCACAGCGGACCCCUCCGGGGCAGCACCAGGCUGACCCUGUGUGGCUCCAACUUCUACCUGCACCCUGGCGGUCUGGUGCCUGAGGGCACCCACCAGGUCACCGUGGGCCAAAGUCCCUGCCGACUGCUGCCCAAGGACAGCUCAGACCCCAGCCCCAUGUCCUGGAAGGGCUUCAUAGAGGAGCUUGCGUGUGAGCUGCAGCCCCUGGGCACGCAGGCAGCUGGGCCUGCCAACGUGAGCCUCACCGUGACCAACAUGCCGCGGGGCAAGCACUUCCGGGUCGACGGCGCCUCCGCGCUGCCCGGCUUCUCUUUCAUGGAGCCAGUGCUGAAGGAAGUGCACCCCCUCUUUGGCCCGCAGGCCGGGGGCACACGCCUCACCCUGACGGGCCAGGGCCUGUCCAUAGGCACCAGCCGGGCCGUGCUGGUCAACGGGAGCGAGUGCCUGCUGGAGGGGGUCAGCGAGGGGCAGCUUGUAUGCACCACGCCACCUGGUGCCGCCCCGGCCAGCGUUCCCGUUCGCCUGCAGGUGGGGGGCACCCCGGUGCCGGGCGCCUGGACCUUCCACUACCGGGAAGACCCCGUCGUGCUGGGCAUCAGCCCCAGCUGCGGCUACAGUGGCUCCCACGUCACCAUCCGUGGCCAGCAUCUGACCGCAGUGUGGCGCCUGGCGCUGUCAUUCCAUGACGGGCUUACGGCCGUGGAAAACCCGUGUGCGGGGCAGCUCCCGGAGAAGCAGUGGUGCCGCCUGCCCGAAUACAUGGUCCGAGGCCCCCAGGGGUGGGUGACAGGGAACCUGAGUGCCCGGGGGGAUGGAGCUGUUGGCUUCACACUGCCUGGCUUUCGCUUCCUGCCCCCACCCCACCCACCCAGCGCUGACCUGGCCCCACUGAAGCCGGAGGAGCAUGCCCUUAAGUUCGAGUACAUUGGCCUCGGAGCCGUGGCCGACUGUGUGGACGUGAACGUCACCGUGGGUGGCCAGAGCUGCCAGCACGAGCUCCGGGGCGAUGUGGUCAUCUGCCCCCUGCCCCCCACCCUGCCCCUGGGCAAGGACGGCGCCCCCCUGGAGGUCUGCGUGGAUGGCGAAUGUCAGGUCCUGGGCAGAGUGGUGCGGCCAGGCCCAGGGGGUCCCCUCCAGAGGACGCUCCUGGGUGUCCUGCUGGCCCUGGUCCUGCUCGUGGCUCUCCUGGCCAUUGCGCUGGUCUUCAACUACCGGAGGAGGAAGCAGCUGGCCUUCUCUCCGAACCUGGACGACCUGGCAUCUCUGGACCACAGCCCCGGAGGCCUGCCUCUGUCUCUGUUCCAGGCAGGCUCUGACUACAGACAUGGCCCUGCCUCUCCCGCCGGGGACGGUCUGGAUGCCACCUGUCGGGGCCACAGAGCGUCCUUCUCAGACAGCGGGGACGGGUCCCGUGUCCCGCUGCUUCGGACAAAGUCCAUCCAGCUUGGGGACCUGGACCCUGCGCUCCUGGCCGAGGUCAAGGAUGUGCUGAUCCCCCACGAGCGCGUCAUCAUCCACGGCGACCGAGUCAUUGGCAAAGGCCACUUCGGGGUUGUCUACCACGGAGAGUACAUAGACGAGGCCGAGAAUCGAAUCCACUGUGCCAUCAAGUCAUUGAAUCGCAUCACGGAGGUGCAGGAGGUGGAGGCCUUCCUGCGUGAGGGGCUGCUCAUGCGUGACCUGCACCACCCGCACGUGCUGGCCCUCGUGGGCAUCGUGCUGCCGCCAGAGGGGCUGCCCCGCGUGCUGCUGCCCUACAUGCGCCAUGGAGACCUGCUCCAGUUCAUCCGCUCGCCCCAGCGGAACCCCACGGUGAAGGACCUCGUCAGCUUCGGCCUGCAGGUGGCCCGCGGCAUGGAGUACUUGGCAGAGCGGAAGUUCGUGCACAGGGACCUGGCUGCUCGGAACUGCAUGCUGGAUGAGUCUUUCACGGUCAAGGUGGCUGACUUUGGCCUGGCCCGCGGCGUCCUGGACAAGGAAUACUACAGCGUGCAGCAGCACCGCCACGCUCGCCUGCCGGUCAAGUGGAUGGCGCUGGAGAGCCUGCAGACCUACCGGUUCACCAGCAAGUCGGACGUGUGGUCAUUUGGUGUGCUGCUAUGGGAGCUGCUGACACGGGGUGCCCCGCCGUACCCCCACAUCGACCCUUUUGACCUCACUCACUUCCUGGCCCAGGGUCGCCGCCUGCCCCAGCCUGAGUAUUGCCCAGAUGCUCUGUACACAGUGAUGCAGCGCUGCUGGGCAGCGGACCCCGCGGCGCGCCCCACCUUUGGGACGCUGGUGGGAGAAGUGGAGCAGGUGGCCGCGGCCCUGCACGGGGACCACUACGUGCAGCUGACCGUGGCCUACGUGAACCUGGGCCUCGCCGCCUCCAACGAGCCCAUGUCCCCGGAACUGCCACUGUCCCCACGUGUGCACGGGAGCACCAGCCGGCCUCGGCCCCUCUCAGAGCCACCGAGGCCCACGUGACCUCGGCCCCAGGCAGGCCCCGAGGGCCUGGACCUGCAUCACCCCGCCGGGGAGUUAACCCCAGGCCGCGCCAAGGGGUGGCCCCAGCUGCCCACUGCUCUGUUCCUGACCCUUAACCUUCAGGCUCUAGCAGGGGACAAGGCACACGGGCCCCUCACGCCACAGAGGGAGCCAUUGCGGGUGAUCCUUGAGCACUUACGGAAUGCCUGCUGCAUGCCUGGCCUCUGAGCGCAGGGAACUCAACUGUGACGCUGGCCCAUGAACCAGUCAAUGAAUGACUUGAAGCAUAAAUUCUGGCAAAUGCUCUGAAAGAAAAAGGCAGGUGGCCCUGGCCUGUGUGGCUCAGGUGGUUGAACGUCAUCCCGUGUACCAAGAGGUUGCUGGUUCAAUUCCUGGUCGGGACACGUGCCUGGGGUUGCGGGCUCAAUCCCCAGUAGGGGGCGUGCAGGAGGCAGCCGAUUGAUGUUUCUCUCUCGUAUUGGUGUUUCUCCCCCCCCCCUCUAAAAUCAAUAAAAUAUAUAUAUAUAUUUAAAAAAACAAACCAGGUGGCUUUGGGGGAAUGGAAGACAGCAUUAGAUGGACAGGUGAAUACAGCCCUGGCUGGUGUGGCUCAAUGGAUAGAGCGUCAGCCUGCAGACUGAAGGGUCCCAGCUUUGAUUCUGGUCAAGGGCACAUGCCGGGGUUGUGGGCUCGAUCCCCGGUGUGGGGUGUGCAGGAGGCAGCC